UAUGUAUAUUUAUUAAAAAGACAAUUAUGAGGAAAUCAUAAGGGUUGUUACAACAAGACAACUGUCUCAGGACUUUAUGCCAGUAGCUUAAGUACGGAAUAACAUUUAACCCAGUGAUCAAGAGACUCGCGAACAAACUGCUGACAACAAAGUUUCGGCAUUUCAUCGUCACGCAAAAACGCACGACAUAACGAUCUUUCUUAUACAUAUAUAUAUAUAUUAGACAAAAAAGAAAAACGAAACGAGGAAGUGCAACAAGUAGUAGCGUCGCCUAGUGUUAGUUUACUACCGUGGUAAUAAUUGAGCCUCGACUGCUGUAGUGAGGUCCGAUCUGACCGGAUCGACAUAAUCGUUGCAACUCGUUUUCUCUUCUCCCUUUCGCGCACGAGAUUGUGCUCUUGAUUUCCAUUUGUUACGACGAAGCAUAAUAAAAAUAAAAAAGAAAGAAAGAAAGAAAGAAAAAAGAGAAGACAGACAGACGAUCGGUAUCGGAGUGUGACGCGCGUGACAUACAAAACGAUCGAGAUCAAAGGUGAGAUCUCGCUAUAGCAGUUACUCCUCUAAUCAAAUUCAGUGAUAGCAGUUGAGAAUAAACAUCGAAAAGAAUAAGUAAAUAAACAAAGUUCUCCGAGCGUUCCCGCGCACGCUACGGGCCGUUUGCUAUGUUUCCGAUUGUAAUUUCGAGUCCGUUAUUAUAUACGCGUGUCUUGUGACUCAAUUUUAAACGAGGAGACCCGCACGGAUACGCAAAGUUGAUAAGCGUUGGCUGACACACCAGCGUACAUCGAUCGAGAGGACGUACAGAAUAGGACGUGCGCCUUGUGACGCUCAAUUACGAGCAUACGCGAUGGUCCUUCAAACAUACUCUCUUUCUCAUACAUACACACACACACACACACACACACACGCAUAUACAGGUUAUAAAUAACAAUUAUUAUAACGGCUAUAGACCCAAAUAGCCUUAUUCUAAAUGGACAGGAGAAAUGUCAAUAUUAAAAGAGACGGUCGGUAGCGAUACAACGUAGGAAAGAAGAAAAGAAUUGUACCGUAUAUACGCACUGUUGUCCGUACUGAGAUAAAAGCGAAAUGUGAAAGACGUUUUAGAGCGAAGAAACUCACAAUCGCAAUCGAGAGAUAUAUAAUAAUGAACGUGUCGCUGUACUUACACGAUAGAAUCCAAUAUGAUCCGCCUAUCUUCCGUUAUUGUUACUUAAGGGUUUUAAGAUGAGAGAUAUUGACUGUUCAUAAUUUUGUUGUCUCGUCAUUUUGUCAAGUCUAGCGAUCGGUGCAUCGACACACGAAAGGAAUUGUCAUUCCUGUAUAUAGAGAGCAUUGAUUUCAUAUCUUUGUAAAUAAUUCGAGCUUUCGGUCUACUUCUCCAUUUCUAUUUCUCUCUCUUUCUCUCUCGCUCUUUUUCUCUUCCUCUUUCUCUCUCCUCCUCCCCUCUCUCCCUCUCUCAAGUUUAUUUAGAACACACAAUAUUCCCAGCGAUCACAGUUGAUUUUUCGAGCCUGUCGUUAUUUAUAUCUGCCGUCGGGCGUCGGGGCUACCGAGAAGAAGAUGAUGAUGAUGAUGAUGAUGAUGAUGAUGAUGAUGACGAUGACGAUGAUGAUGAUGAAGAAGAAGGGAUAUUAUCCGGUUUUGUCGUUUUAUAUGUGUAUAGGAAAAGAAUGACGAAUAUCAUUAUACAUAUAUUAUUUUUACCGAGUAUCGAAAUGUACGGCAUUCUGCGCGACAAUAGAUUAUGUAUUAUGUAUACAGAUUGUACGAAUGACUAGCAUUUUUUACAUAAGCGGAUAGUUAUCUUUUUAACCCUGUAUAACCCAGCAUAAUUUCCAAGUAAUAAUCUUCACGGCCGGAGGAUUGUCAUGUUGCUCCAACGGAGGCCGGUUGAUCGACUCUUUUGACGGUGGUUUUUAUUCAAAAGCGACAUCGUAGAGAAACGGCGUCAAUUACUUGUCGUGUAUAGAAUGAGCGCUACGCUAAACAUUCUAUAGUAAUAAUAAUGAUAAUGAUAAUAAUUGGGUUAUAAAGGGUCGAAGGAACACAGCGUUCUAGGCACGCUAUUGUUAAUCUGUAUUAACAUACGAACAAUACGAUUAUAUUAUUCGUCACUUCGCAAGCAAUUAGAUUUAGCGCCUUCUCUCUCUCUCUCUCUCUCUCUCUCUCUCUCUCUCUCUCUCUCUCUGUCUCUUUUUUCCCUCUCUCUCUCUUUCUCUCUCUCCUCCUGUCGUGUUAUUUAUAACAUACGCAUCGUUUGCAAUAUUUAUUAAAGAAUAUAUAGCAAAAUAUUAUUUGCGCCUUGGAUGAGAGUUGUACUUUAUUGUAAAUUAUCGCGUGCGAGCUAAUUAUUAGCGGAAAGGAGACCAAACCAUGUAUUUAGUAUCUCGAGCCGUAACAAACGCCUAUAUAUGUAGAUUUUAUAGUAUUUAUAUCGUUUGUCUUAUUCUUUCUCGUGUGACUACCAAAAAGAGGGUAGUAAGACGUACAUUAUAUUUUUUAUUUUACUCAUUGGGAAUUUUCAUUUUCCUAUGUAGAAGAACUAUAUUAAUAAAAGUAAAAGCUUAUACCUUUUGUAUUUUCGAAUGUCUCUACAUGUCGAAAGAUUUUCGAACAAAGUUUCAAAGUGUUCUCUUAUUCUUCCUGAGGUGUCAUAACCUACAUGUCAUAACUAUGUAAAUCUCCCGAGUAUACUGCAAUACUGUCAAAUUUCUCAUUUGUUGGCGAGUUUUUGCGUAAAAUUUCAUGUCAGAAUUGGUUAUGUGCAUAAUGGAAUGGUUGUAUGUGUUAUCGAAAAAACGUUCAUAACUUGACGAUAUGUAAAUACAUGCUUUUGACGUCUCCUUCCACAUGCCUGUGCGUCAUAAACUUCGUAAUAAUCAGUGCGUAAUUAACAUGCGUGAACUCGAAAUUCUUGCAUGAAAGCAGUGAACUUAUCUCCACGUUAUCUUCAGGUGCAGCAAAAUUGCACCAGACAGAAGUCUGGGGUGGUUCUCAUUCAAACUGCCAUUAAUCUAAUCAAUAUGUAUGCCGUUGAAAGCGACCAAUCAUAGAGCCAACGUGAUGGAUGGUGAAACGAAGGAGUGGCCACUGUGUGUGAAGUUUUACGAAAGAACGAUUCGGCGUUAUGAUUGGUUAGAAAUGUAUGCAAGGAGGAUGGAACAGCCGCAAAUGUGUGUGACUAUCUUGUUUAUUGUGUAGUGAAGAACUGUCUUCUCCUUCGUGUUGUUUAUAUUUUAUUGCAUUUUAGUGCCUCUCCACUUAUGAGUGGAGAAGUGGUUUCUAGUAUCAAUGGAUUAGAUAUUUGACAUUUACUAAAACUUGUAGUGGAUAUCUCGUAAUACGGUGAUGGAAACAACAAGAAAGAAAUUAAACACUGAGUUAUUUCAAUAUUGUUCGUUACUGUCUACAUGAUCUGUAAUAAACCGCAAAUUUUGGCAUUUAAGUUAAUGUUAAAAUAUUGUUAGGCGUCUAUUAUGGAAAACAAAAGUUGCAAUAAUUUUAUUAGUUAUGUAGGACUCGAAGAGCAUGAGAUUCAGACUUUGAGUUCCAGUCGACGCAAUUCCUUAAUUGAAAAUAGUAUAAAAUUAUUACCAGGAGAAGUUCUUAUUGCUGAAGCCCAAAGUGUUCUUAUGUUUUCACCAGUCAGUGAUUUGAAGCAAGGCAUAUCAGGUGUACUAUCAGUGACUAAUUUUAAACUUACCUUUAUUACAAGCGAUGAUUCAAAUGGGGAGGAUGUUACUCACCAACAAAAUCAUCUGUAUGGUUAUACAGAUACAUGUUUGACAAAUAUUGACGAAAUUUAUAUAAUGGUGGGUGACAAGAAAAGGAAACUAGUUCCUGGUAAUACAGUACCCUCUAAAGUAAAAGGAAUAUUCAUUAUUUGUAAAAACUUAAGAACAUGGUCUUUCUCCUUCAAAUUUUCACCUCUUGGGCAUGGUAAGAAUCUUCUUACUGCUUUGCUGCAUCAUGCUUUUCCUAGCAGGCAUCAGCUAUUGUUUGCUUAUGAUUAUAAGGAAGCAUAUUAUAGUAGCCUUGACAAAAAUGUUCAACUGUUUCGAGAUAUAUCGGAUUGGCAAAAUGAAUUAAGAAGAACACUGAGUAAUGAUCAAAUAAGGAAAGCUUGGAGACUGUCCACUGUUAAUGCCAAAUUUCAGCUUUGCCCUAGUUUAUCGCAAUACGUAAUCGUACCUGCUUCUGUAACCGAUCGUCAGUUAACAGACGCGGCUAAACAUUUUCAAGGUAACAGACCUCUAGUGUGGUCUUGGACGAGUGUAUAUGGAGCAGCGUUAGUAAAAAUGUCUGAAUUGUUACCAACGAUAACAGAGAGGAGGCACGAAAACAUUAUGUUUGAAAAUAUUCGUAAGAGCCAUCCUCAGAAGAUGCAGCCAGUUGUUAUUGAAUUAAAUAAAGAAAUUAAUGUAAAGCUAAUAGCUGUAGGUUUUUCUAAAUUCAUUAGUUUAUGUUCAGCAGAAAACAUUAGACAAUUUUGGGUUCAAGAUAAUAAUUUUUACUCGUUGUUAGAAAAUACAAAGUGGCUUAAAUAUAUAUCGUAUUGCUUGCAAAAAGCAGCCGAUGUCUGUGACCGUCUUAAUUUAGGAUACUCCGUCAUCUUGCAAGAAGGUGCCGGUAGGGAUUUAUGCUGCGUUAUAUCCAGUUUAGUUCAACUAUUACUGGAUCCUCAUUUUCGUACCAUCACGGGAUUUCAAUCGUUAUUACAAAAGGAAUGGGUUGCUGGAGGUCAUCCGUUUUGCGACAGAUUAGGUCAUAUUGUUAAAACUAAUUCGGAAAAGUCUCCGUUGUUUCUCCUGUAUCUCGAUUGCGUUUGGCAAUUGUGUCAACAAUAUCCGACAGAAUUCGAAUUUACGGAAACCUACUUGACAACGUUAUGGGAUACUGCGCACGUUUCUAUUUUCGACACCUUUAUCUUCAACUGCGAAAGAGAUCGGGCAGUGGCAGCUAUGGAUCCCAAUACGCCUCUCGUUCUACGUAGCGUUUGGGACUGGCGGGAACAGUUCAGCGAUCAAGACAUCUUGUUGUUUUAUAAUCCUCUAUUCGUCCCUCGCGAUACCAGCAGAACGAACAGCAGAGCGGUCAUAAAACCUUCCUGCGCUAUUUCCAACUUGGAACUUUGGACGCAGUGCUACUUUCGUUGGAUACCGGCGCUCGAGAUUCAUAAUGGCGGGCAGAGGCACGUCGAGCUCUACGUCAGGUUGCUCCAGAACGACGUGAAUCAACUGAAAAUCAACAUAAACGGUAAUUGCGGCUCACCUGUGGACAAAGUCGGUAUCUACUCCCUUCACACGAACAUCGAUAGCUUUUAUCCCUUCAGCAAUAAAAGAUCGGGCAACACGGUCAGCACCCCGAUCAUGAAUAGUUCGAUUCUCAUAACGGAGAGCCUAUUAGACGCACAAUCAUUGAUAACUGCGACUGACUGAUCGAACGCUGACUGUCGUAUACAAUUCAGGACGUACCUGAUUACAUUCCCCUCUUCCUCCUUCCUUUUACGGAAUCUAAUAGCGCGAAGCUAUCUUCUAGGUGAUUUUUCCUUUAGCAUUAAAUCGCACGUCGCAUUCUUUUAUAUAGCUCGUUAAGUUUCAAUAUUAAUUAUCAUAGUAAUUUAUUCUCUUAAGUUAAGACUCUGUUAAAAACCAACGAGCAUUUGAAUGAAGUAGUGCGCAAAGAGCUUCUUCGGUGGCUUUUUUUUUCUUUUAUGUAAAAAAAAACUAUCGGCUUCUUUAUUGAAGAAUUUGGAACAUUUUAUAGUUGAAGAAAAAGGAUGAAUUUUCGAAAACGAUAUAAAUACUGAAGUUAUUUAAUUUUUUGUCACUCGAUAUGAAUCUAUAUUAGAAGGUAGAUUUUUUAUGUUUCUCAGAAAAUAGGUUUUUAGCGUUAAUAGUCGCAGUCGAGUGCAGCUUGCGCCUUUUUUCGCAAAACUGUAGAAAUAUUUGUAUUUCCACGAGCUUUAUGUAUACUCUGAUAAUGAAUAUUAGAUAUUACCAAGUUGAAUAAUUUUAAGAAACGCUUAACGACGGCAAAACAUCGAUACUUGUACAUAAAUUGCAACGCGAAUAGAAGAAAAAAUAAAUGAUUUUGACUACUUUCGAACAUCUUUACAUUGUUACAAGUCGACAAAUAAAGUUUGUAAAUAGACAUG